AUGCAUUUCACCAAGUCCAUGCUGGCAGCUGCCACUCUACUCCAUACCUCUGCCAUCGCCGCCUCCCCGUUUGAGCCAUUUGUGCCUGUUCAGCCUGUUGAGCAGUAUGCACAUAUUGCGUAUACUUCAAACGGGGAGUACAUUGCAGAUGUUGUUGGUACGGGAAAGUGGUUCGACUUACGGGUCCCAGGCUAUUUCGACAAUUUCCAGAAUUCCAAUAACUGUGCACUUUGGUAA